AUGGCUCCCCAGAACAUCCUCCUCUUCGGCGCCACAGGCGCCAUUGGCCGCUUCAUCCUGAACGCCCUCCUAGCCCAGCGCUCCCAGUUCGGCCGCAUCGCAAUUUUCACCUCCCCACGCACUGCAGAGACCAAGGGAGAACAGCUCAAGAAGCAAGGCAUUGAAGUGAUCGUCGGCAGUAUCGAAGAUGAAAGCGCCGUCAAGGCUGCCUACGAGGGAAUAACAACCGUAAUCUCCGCGCUGGGUCGAAACACCCUCGCCCACCAAAUCCCCCUAAUCCGCCUCGCCGCCGCCAGUCCAACCGUCAAAUGGUUCUUCCCAUCCGAAUACGGCACCGACAUCGCCUACAGCCCCGCCUCGGCCCACGAAAAGCCCCACCAGCAGAAACUCAAGGUGCGCGCCGUGCUGGAAAACGAAAUCUCCCGCGAUGAUCUGGACUACUCGUAUAUCGUGACGGGCCCGUUUGCGGAGAUGUAUUUGCAUUUUACGCACGGGUUGGAGGAGGCCGGUGGUUGGGAUGUGAGGGGGCGGAAGGCGGUGCUUUUGGGGGCGAAGGGGGAGGAGCGGGUUAGUUUGACGACGAUGGAAGAUGUGGGGACUUUUGUCGUGUCGGCUCUUCUCCAUGCUACCCCGGAGACACGCAAUCGCCCGCUCUGUGUCAAUUCGUUUACGACCAGCCCGGCUGAGAUCCAGGCUUUGUUUGAACGCCACGUGCCAGGUCCCUGGGACGUGUCUUAUACAUCGCUCGAGCGACUACGUGAGUUAGAAGGGGAGGCGUGGGGGGCUGGGAAUUCGGGGGCGACGGCGGUGACUCUGCGACGAAUCUGGUCGGAAGGCGGCACGCUGUAUGAGCAGCGGGCGAAUGGGCUGAUUGGAGAGCCCAAGACAACGUCGUUGGAAGAGAUUGUUGCCGGGGAAAUUCGUGAGUCUAGCAGUUUAUAA